AUGAAGGCUUCACUCUGGGCCAACUUUCUAGGGGUGAAUCUACCUUCAAACAUCCUGGACAAGGAAGCAGAAUUCCCAACAUCAUGCCAAGCCUUUCAGCCCGACACGAAGACUGACAACACAUUCCUCGAGUUCACCGAAUACAUCCCCGCCGGCACAAACCUUAGUUUGCCAUUCAAUGAUGCAAGUUGUGCACGUCCAUCCCAGUUCAUCUCGGUAGACCUCUGCCGCAUCGCCUUGCUCUUAGAGACAUCCAACCGAUCGGUCGUUAGCACGGAGGUGUGGCUCCCCCGCAAUUGGUCCGGAAGGUUCUUAGGUACUGGGAACGGUGGUAUCGACGGUUGCAUCAAAUACGAGGAUCUGGAGUACGGUGCCGUGAAUGGAUUCGCCGUUGUCGGGUCGAACAACGGACACAAUGGGACGGCGGGUGAUUCAUUUUACCAGAAUGCAGAGGUCCUCAGAGACUUCGCAUGGAGGGCGUUGCAUCUCAGCGUAGUGGCAGGCAAGGAAGCGACUCGGUUGUUCUAUGGACGGCCCCAUACAAAGUCGUAUUUCAGUGGAUGUUCCUUCGGAGGACGCCAGGGUGUCUUUUCGGCGGAGAGGUUCCCGGGCGAUUUCGACGGGAUUAUUGCGGGCGCGCCGGCAGUGGAUUUCAACAAUCUUGUUUCUUGGAGGGCGGGCUUUUUCCCUACUACGGGUUCUACUGGUUCUAUUGGUUUCAUUGAACCGUACGUAUGGAAGGGCCUCAUUCACGCGGAGGUGUUGAAGCAAUGUGAUAUGCUAGAUGGUGUUGGUGAUGGUAUUAUUGAGGAUCCUAGGCUAUGCAACUUUUCCCCAGAAGCAGUGAUGUGUACGAAAGAGAGGGUCAAUAACUGUCUAAAUCCUGAUCAGGCCGAGGUGGUGCGAAAGGUGUUCAGUCCAAUGUACGGAGAAGACGGACGGACGGUCUUCCCAGCAAUGCAGCCAGGAAGCGAGUUAGAAGCUGCAGAAAAUCUUUAUACGGGGAAGCCAUUUAGCUAUUCCAAGGACUGGUUCAAGUAUGUCGUCUAUGACCCAUCGUGGAACCCUGCCAACUUCGAUAUCCACGACGCAAAGGUCGCAGAUUCUCUAAACCCUGAGAAUAUCAAGACAUGGCCGGAUAGCCUUUCCCAGUAUGCGCAGCGAGGGGGGAAGAUGAUCGUGUUCCAUGGACAGCAGGACGGCAAGAUUACUAGCUUCAACACGGAGCGAUUCUACAACCAUCUCUCCCAAGGCAUGGGGACGUCUCCUUCCGAGCUUGACGACUUCUUCCGCUUCUUUCGAAUCCCAGGUAUGUCUCACUGUGGCUCAGGCCCCGGCGCAUGGGCAUUUGGGCAGGGCGGGAAGUUUGAGGUUGCUCGCGCACCAUUUAGACCAAGUGAGAAUAUCUUGGCUGCGUUGGUCGCUUGGGUGGAACUUGGGCUUGCGCCAGACACGGUCCGGGGGACUAAAUAUGUGAAUGAUAGUCUGGAGCUCGGUGUCGGUUUCCGACGUGACCAUUGCAGGUAUCCACUACGGAGUUCUUAUACAAGAGGUGAUCAAUGGAGGUGUGUCUCUAGUGAACCACUCAAGAAGCAAUAG